AUGCUUGCAGAACCAAUAAAUCUCCAGUCUUGGAUCUCCGAAAACAAGGAUUUGCUCCAGCCUCCCGUAAACAACUACUGUCUUCACCGGGGAGGUGCUACAGUGAUGAUUGUGGGCGGUCCCAACGAAAGAACCGAUUAUCAUGUCAACCAAACCCCGGAAUAUUUUCACCAAAUCAAAGGAGAUAUGACUUUAAAAGUUGUGGAUGACGGCAAAUUCCGUGACAUUACCAUUCGGGAAGGAGAUUCGUUUUUGUUGCCCGGAAAUGUGCCUCAUAAUCCGGUAAGAUACGCUGAUACAAUUGGUCUUGUAGUAGAACAAGAUCGUCCUAAAGGUGUCAAUGAUAAGAUCCGGUGGUACUGUCUGAACUGUAGAGAGAUUGUUCAUCAGGUGGAGUUUUACUGUUAUGAUUUGGGUACCCAAGUGAAAGAUGCGAUUUUGGCAUUUGAUGGAGACGAUGAGGCACGAACAUGCAAGUGUGGAACUUAUAACUACUCGCGGCCAAAUUAG